AUGCAAGAUCCAUCUACACCUACCCUUUUGUUACCACCUGCACCUCCAUCAUCUACACUUCGGCCACUCAUUCGUAGAAGGGCUUCUACCAAAGCUUCUAUUUCUUUUAUUCAAAAGUUGGUUGAGAGAUAUGAUCCAGCCGUUCACAGCCUUCGACAAAUCAAGACAAGAUUAAAUUCAUUGCAAGAACACUGGUCUACAUUCAUAGAAACCCAUAAUGAAAUAUCUGACCUAGAACAGGGCUUCAAAGAAGAGAAUGAGUAUUUACUGCUCGAAGAUCAAAUCUGUACUUUAAAGGCCACUAUGGUGGACUUAUUGGACAAAUCUGCGGUCACUGAAGUCAUAAGUACUUCUAAUUCAACGCAAGCAUCUCACAUUGAAUCUAUGAGACUCCCUGCAAUUGAUCUACCAAAGUUUAGUGGAGAUCUUCGCGAUUGGCCAGAUUUUAUCAAUACAUUUAAUGCUUUGUUUCACGAUAAUUUAAAAAUAACUGAUGUACAACGAUUUCAUUAUUUAAAGUCAAGCUUAACUGGAACUGCUUCAGAUGUCAUUAAAAACUACUCAAUCACUUCUGCCAACUAUCAAGAGGCUUAUUCUGAAUUAGUCAGACAGUAUGAAAACAAAGGGCUCACUAUACAAACUCACAUAAGAGCAUUACUUCAUUCUCCAAAAGUGCAUCAAGCUUCAGCUGUAGAAUUACGGAAAUUGCAUCAUCAUAUUGCUUCACAUGUUCGUGCACUAAAAGCACUCGAGCAGCCAGUUCAGCAUUAA